AAUGACGACGCCAGUGAAGCCUUUUGGGCGGGGCCUAGGCCGAGCAGCUCCAGAGGCUGCGAUUUCACAUCGGAAACAAAACAGCGGCUGCUCGGGAAGGAGCCUCCCCUGCCAGGGGCCGGUGUCGGCGGCGAGAGAAGAGUAGACCUGAUCCGGGAGCCUGCAAAUGACAGCAGCCUGAGAGGUCCUUAGAAAGCUUGGCUUGGAGGAGAACACAUGAAAGAAAGAACCCCAAGAGGUUUUGUUUUCUGUGAAAAAGUAUUUCUAUACGCUUGCUCCAAUGACAGAGUUACCUGCACCCUUGUCUUACUUCCAGAAUGCACAGAUGUCCGAGGACAACCACCUGAGCAAUACUGUACGUAGCCAGAAUGACAGUAGAGAACGGCUUGAGCAUAGCAGUGAAAGGCGGAGGCGUGGCAACCCUGAGCUAUCUAACGGAAGACCCCAGGGUAACUCACGGCAGGUGGUGGAACAAGAUGAAGAAGAAGAUGAAGAGCUGACGUUGAAAUAUGGCGCCAAACAUGUGAUCAUGCUCUUUGUCCCGGUGACUCUCUGUAUGGUGGUGGUCGUGGCUACCAUCAAAUCAGUCAGCUUCUAUACCCGGAAGGAUGGACAGCUAAUCUAUACCCCAUUCACAGAAGACACCGAGACCGUGGGGCAGAGAGCCCUACACUCAAUUCUGAAUGCUGCUAUCAUGAUCAGCGUCAUUGUUGUCAUGACUAUUCUCCUGGUGGUUCUGUAUAAAUACAGGUGCUAUAAGGUCAUCCAUGCCUGGCUUAUUAUUUCAUCUCUGUUGUUGCUGUUCUUUUUCUCAUUCAUUUACUUGGGAGAAGUGUUUAAAACCUACAAUGUUGCCAUGGACUACAUUACUGUUGCACUCCUGAUCUGGAAUUUUGGUGUGGUGGGAAUGAUUGCCAUUCACUGGAAAGGGCCGCUGCGACUCCAGCAGGCAUAUCUCAUUAUGAUCAGUGCCCUCAUGGCCUUGGUAUUUAUCAAGUACCUCCCAGAGUGGACAGCAUGGCUCAUCUUGGCUGUGAUUUCAGUAUAUGAUUUAGUGGCUGUUUUGUGUCCAAAAGGCCCACUUCGUAUGCUGGUUGAAACAGCUCAGGAAAGAAAUGAAACUCUCUUUCCAGCUCUCAUUUACUCCUCAACAAUGGUGUGGUUGGUGAAUAUGGCAGAAGGAGACCCAGAAGCCCAAAGGAAGGUAUCCAAAAACUCCAAUUGUAACGCACAAAGCACAGAAGGUGAGUCCCAAGACCCUGUGACAGAGAGCGAUGAUGGUGGCUUCAGUGAAGAGUGGGAAGCCCAGAGGGACAACCGCCUAGGGCCUCAUCACUCCACGACUGAGUCACGAGCUGCUGUGCAGGAACUUUCCAGCAGCAUCCUAGCCAGUGAGGACCCAGAAGAAAGGGGAGUAAAACUUGGAUUAGGAGACUUCAUUUUCUACAGUGUUCUGGUUGGUAAAGCUUCUGCAACAGCCAGUGGAGACUGGAACACAACCAUAGCCUGUUUUGUAGCCAUAUUAAUUGGUCUGUGCCUUACAUUAUUACUCCUCGCCAUUUUCAAGAAAGCUCUGCCAGCUCUUCCAAUCUCUAUCACCUUUGGGCUUGUUUUCUACUUUGCCACAGAUUAUCUUGUACAGCCCUUUAUGGACCAGUUAGCAUUCCAUCAAUUUUAUAUAUAGUAUAUUUGCAAUUAGAAUCCCAUGGAUUUUUCUCCUUUGACUAUAAUUAAACCUGGGGAGGACAAAGAUGAUUUUACUGUGUCCACAUCUAACAAAGGCAAGAUUCCCAGCUGGACUUUUGCAGCUUCCUUCCAAGUCUUCCUGACCACCUGUACCAUUGGGCACUGGAAGAAGAUGUCUACAGAAAAUGGUUUUGAACACACGUCAUCGUGACGGACUGAGUCCCUCGGUGCAAAAACUACCAGAUUUGAGGGACAAGGAUGAGGAGGAGGGACGGACCAAGAAGUUGCUGUGCUCCCACCAGCAAUUUGACCCUUGGUCACAGGUGGAUUUUACCAACACUGCAGACUCUCAGGACUACCAUUACCGAGAAGUUAAAUGACACGGUUUAAACCAAACAGGACUCUUCAUCUUAAACUACAUGUUGAAGAUCAACCUAAUAAACCUGUAUUGAACUCUGAACCUUUUCAGGAGGUAUUGUAAGGAGAGCAGGCACCAGCAGCAACACGAAAAGGUUUUUGAAAAGGGGCUCUAACUUUCACUUUCAAACCUUUCUGCUGCAGACUUAUCAUUUUUAAACAAGACUUUUUUUUUUUUCACCUUGAGUCAAGUCAGAUAUGUAGGUUGAUUUUGAAAAUUUUUGUUUUCAAGCACUGAAACUCAUCUAUGGUUGCAUUUCUUCCCAUGGCCAGUCUGAACUUACUUGCUUUAUCCUAAAAGUCUUAACCUCAGGUUCCAAAUUCAGUAAUUUCUGGAAAGAAUGGAACUAUAUCUAAACGGUUUCCUGUCAGCCUUAGGUGAAUUCUGGGUUUUCCACCAAAUUCUUUAUUUUUAGACAUACUUGUAGGUUUACUUGCCCUGGAUGCUUCCAUUGUUCCCAUCUCUCCCUGACUCCCCAUAAGCAUUCUCUUCUACAGCAAAUGAGACAGCUCUGUUGUGGUAGCAGAUGAUCCAGUUAUUCUAGGAUUUUACUCUUUGUGUGGUGCAAAGAAUGUGUUAAUGAAUCAGUGCUGUCAGCCUCACUGUCAUAAUUUCUUCAGUAGCAAAUACAAUGUGUGCCCAAAGACAGUAGAAUUAAAGAAGAGUAAAAUGGCUGGUGAAGCA